AUGAUACAACUUAAACUUUCUCAAUUAUUCACAUUAAUAUUAUCAUUAUCAUUAUUAAUAAUAAAUGUAUCAUGUUCAAUAGAUACAAUUCCAUUUGACUCAAUUGAUGUAGGAGAUGUAUUACAAACAACAAAACAUGAUAAUUUAAUUAAUCAAUUAAAAUUAUAUUUAAAUUUAUUAAUACCUCAAAAAUAUAAACAAUAUCAAUAUAUUGGAUUUAUAAUUUUAACAUUUUUACAAUCUCAAUUAUUAAAAUCAAUUACUAGGUUAUAUAUUAAUAGACCAAGAGAUUUAGAAAGUUUACAAAAUAAUUUUUAUAUUGAAUUUUUAAAACAAAUUUUAGUUGCUCUUGUAUGGAUUUUGGGGAUUCUUUCAAUUUUAAUAUUUUUUGACUGGUUUCAAAAUUUAAAACCUCAUUGGAUCUUAUUUCUUUACCCUUCCAUCAAUAUAUCGUUGUUUUUGGGUUAUUUGAUUGUGGCUUAUACAAAUAAAUAG